AUGGCAGUGGUUUCGGAUAGGAAAACUGUUAGAAAACUGAUAUCUGUAAACUCAAAUGAAAAUUUGAUUCCGGUCGCUGAGAAGAAAAUAUCCAAAGAUCCAGGAAGACUGCCAGAAAAUGACCCUCAAAAUCAACCACCCACCCAGAUAAACACCACAACCCAAAAGAAUUCCCUUUCUAAUGUAGGGCGACCCUGCUCGGGUUCCUCCAUUUUGAAGCGCUCUGCUCGACCUUCAUCGGGCCAUUCAGUAAAGUUUGUAGGAAAAGAGACUAUAAUUUCACUUGAAAAUGCAACAGGUUCACCUGUUAGCGGAACUUCUCUUUCAAAUUCAGAUUUCAAAAAGAUAUCAUUAGAGACUAUUACUCAACAAGAACCUCUUGAAUUACAUAAUCAUUUAUCUCAAGAAGCCGUUAUUCCACUUGAGAGCAGAAUCUCUACUCCUUCUACACCAGCAGUCCCUGCUGCAUGUGAAACAAUGGAAAAUAAUGGCAUGUCUUGUGGAACGAAAGCUAAUGAAAAUGAAUUAAAACUUAACUACAAUGAAACUGACAUCAAAGAAGUAAACAUAAAACAAGAUAAUGAUCGCCAUGUAGACUUUUCAAAUGAGAACGACGGACUAGACGCAGAGGAAAUUGGAAAUCAACAAAUAUUAAAACAUGAAGAGGGGGAGGAAAUUCACAAAGACACAAAAACUAAAGAAUUGUCAAGUGAAAAUACUAAUGAUUUACCGGGUGCAUCAGGUCGUUCAAGCAUUCAUGAUUCUGAUCAGGCUAAGAAGCAUCACCCACAGAGGGAAAGUUCCUAUAACCAGAAAAGAAUUAUAUAUAAUACCGAAAUAUGUCCAACCAGUGGCGAUAUGCUAAGGGAGGGGUGCUACAAAACAAAGGGGAGUGAAUUUGAAAAACAACAUUAUAGACAUAAAAAUGUUAAACAUAUAAUGUCAGAGAAAAAUGCCCAUGAAAAUGGAAAAGAUCAAUUUGAUGAGAUGGAAUUGGAUGAUGGAAUCGGUGGGGAGAUUGAAAGAGAAAUAGUACAAACAAAAAUGAAUUCAAGAAAUAUAUCGGCACAGAAGAAGAAAAAGCUGUGCGAACUGUAUGAGGAACUCAAGAGAGUUCGCGAUGCUAUCGCACACAUGUAUUCUUUUGAAGAGGAAGAAAAAGACAUUAGCCCACUCGUAACAGAAAACGCAGUUGAUGAAAAUGAGGAGGAAGAGAGUCAGAAGAACAUUACCGUUUGUCCAGGGGAAUCAAAGGGCUCCGAAAAGUCAGAUAUAGAAAAAGAGAAUUCUGACAUUGAGAGUGACUUGAAUUGUGAUACAAGAUCACAAGGAACUCAUGACAAUGAAGAGAGUUAUGAGAAAAGUAUGAUCGAAGGAAGUGAAGAUUAUCUAGAUAUGAGGCAAUCGUCUGAAAAAGCUGAUGAUGAAGAAACAGAGAUGAGAGAAAACUGUACUAAUAUUGAAAGAGAAUCAAAAACCCAACUUGAUAUGCAAAAGGACGAAAACAGUGGUAACGAGAAAGAAAAUAAUAAAUUGUGUGAAAAGGAACAAAAAGACAUAGUCAAAAAUGAAGUGGAAAAAGUUCUUUUAGAAGAGAGCAGGUCCCCAGAAAACGAUGUAGAGAACUCAAAAAGUGAACUCAUUGAAAAGGAUUCAGCCUGUAGCAAUAAUGCUGAAGAGUUAGUGAGAGACUGUGAAGAAGAAACUAAAACAGACAGCACGGAUGAGAUUCAAGAAACAAACACUACCACUGAAAAACAUUUAAAAAGUACAAUGGAGGCAAAAACUGACAAAGGUCAUGAUGGAAAAGCAAAAAAUCAGAUCAAAAUGAAAAGUAAAUCUCAUUCAACUGACAAAAAGAUCCACGAGAAAAAGAAUGAAACGCACAAAACGAACGGAAAGCAAAAUCAAAAAACUUCUCAUUCGGAGGAAUCUCGAAAGGGAAAAGAUCUCAAGUCAAAAUGUCACACUAAAUGUAAAGAAACCAAGAAGUCUGAGGUUAAAACUAAAAGCAUGACAACUCAUGACAAAUCGUUAGAUAGGACAGAAGAGAUGCAUGGAAAAGACGGCUCUUGUUUAUCAUCAAACGAUGAAAAUGAAUCAAGAAUGAAUGUAGACGUUGAAAAUAAUGUUACACAGAUUGACAAAAACAUUUGCAGUGUAAAGGAUAAUGUUGAGAAACAUAUAACACGAGAAGACGAUAAAUAUAGGAAAGAUAAUGUAAUAAAUAAUGAAUAUAAUAAAGAUGAGCAAUUAACCAAUUGUGACACGAUUAACAGAACAACUGCUCUGACGGAAACAAAUCUAACUGGAGAAAAGUUCAAUCGAGAUAGUUCAGUGAAAAAGAUUUCCAUGUCAGAACCCAAUAUCGUAGACAAAAAGUCAAAAAGUUCAUGUCAACUGACAAGCACAUCAACUGCUGCUGGUCAAAAAGCAAUAGAGAAGGAAAAAUCUCUUCAGGAAACGAAAGACCAAAAUAUUUCAUCCUCUUUUGAAGACUAUAGACAUCUUGCUUCCGAAGUGAAUUUAGACUUUGUCAUUGAUGUAAAUUACCCAGCUGAAAAUAAUCGAAAAGGUGCUGAUGAUAGCGACAGAGCGAUGAGAGAAAGCUUUUCAGAUUCAGCUCUAAUGAUGUCACCGAUGAAAGAUAGGGAUGAUGAUUAUUUUGAUUAUGACGAUGAUAUCUCUGACAACGAUAGUUUCACAGACAUUCCUAAAGUUGCGGACGAAAAGAAAAGCAAAGAAGCAACAAAUGUAGCCAAUAAAAUUAUAAAGGAUAUUUUGUGCAACAUCAGUGACAUGCAAGAGAACAGGCAGUUCAAAAAAGAGUUUAAAACAAUGACAACAGAGCAAGAAGAGAUGUCUUGUAUAAUAAUUUCAGACCCGGAUGACACGUUCAAUGUUGACCUGAUUAAAGAUAUGAACUGUUCAAACAUCGAUCCACUUAUUGUACCUUCUUUAGUUGGAGAGUAUGAACUUUUAGUCAGCAGCGUGACUCAACUAUCUACCUCAAUCAACAACGACCUUUGGAAAAUAAAAUUGAAAGUUCGAAUUCCAUUCAUGAAAUCUGAAAUGAAAUAUUUUCAUCGUCCUGUCUUGCGAUGGCUGUCUUCAGAGAGAAAGUGGAUUGAAAUUCCUUCUGUUGAAUACUUGUACGAGGACGAGGAUGGUUGUAUUUUACCAAUAUUGGAGGCUGAGGUAAAACAAUUAGGAAUCUUUGCCAUAGUUGCUACAACUAUUAAAGAGCAUUUUGUGUUUGGUCACAAUGUGCACGAAGUAUCCUCCGCUGUGGACAGAGAAACGACUCUUGCAGGAACAUACUGUCCUCGGUUCUAUAAAACAGAAACAGAAGCUGAUCUAGUGGUUAUUCCAAUCGAGAGAUCUGUGAUCGAUGAUUCUAAAACCCCAGACAUAGAGGAUUCAUCGUUACUUGUCUCGUCAAGCGCUCUAGUUGUUGUGGAACUUCUAAAUGAUCCUCCUCAACCUCUGACGCUUUACAUUCUUUGCAGCAAACCCAAAUCGAGGCCAUGGACGGCUUCGAUGACAUCAAGGAUCGGUACAUCUGAAUCGGGAUAUUUAUCAGGUUCACGUAUUGUUUCCAGAGCAAAGUCAAGGGAAUCGAUCAACCAUUUUUUAGAAUGUUGGUACGAUUCAGACAACUACCUUGUACGGAUGACAGGCGGGUGUCUAGGUGUUAAGAGUAUGCUUCUUCAAAAGAAAGAUCUUACUAAGGACGAUAAAAUCCAAGUUACACUUCACGAAAAGCACAACAUGUACCUAAUUGUUGAAAUGAAAAAAGAAGCAAGACGUCCAGAUGUAAAUAGCGUUGUUGUUAACCUUAUAAAGACACUCAAAGAGCAUAGGAUUUAUGUUUGCGUUGCUCAAAGACGAGACGACCCCAGACAUAUCAGAGUGUCCUGUGAUCUGAAAACAAAGGUCACUACGCGGAUGAUCAAUCGACUAGAAAAAGACCACAACAUCAGAAGGACCCUUAUUCAUGCAAAGGAAGGUGAUGUCAUCAGUUUAGGUUUGCGUGGCAACAUUACAACCAUUCCUAAAAGAAAAAGAAUUUUUAGAUUUUACGCCAUGAAUGGGUUUGUUGCUGACUGGGAAAUCCAGGUCGUGUAUCCAUAUUGUCAACGGUCUUUGAGGGAGUAUUGUGGAUUUGUUCAAGUUUCAGUUUGCACAAGCGACAGCUUCGAAGAUGAUCCAAUAUCCGGGUAUGAGGAGUACGUCAAAUGGAAACUGUUGACUGAGAUCCCUGUUACAUUACCAAAAGAUAGUUCCUUGUAUAGCUGUGAAAAAACAUUAAAAGCAAGGCUGUGUCUAACUUACAAAGGCCCAAUUACCAUAGAGUUUCUCCGUUCACUUGCUAGACUUAUCGGUAAAGAAUGGUACAUCUUAGCCAGAGGUCUCCACCUUGAGCACGUGAGGAUACAGUCCAUUGCACAACAAAAUAAGAGAUGUUCUUUAGAAAGCCUUGUGUACGAUAUAUUGCUUGCCUGGUUAAAAAGAUCCCGCCACUGUAGCGAUAAGGCUGUGAAUCUGGCGUCCGCUUUGAAGAAGAGUGGGCGGAUUGAUCUCGCCAAAGAAAUCAGUGACAUGGAUAGGUCAUUCAAGCGUGACUAUUACAAAACUAUAAACGAGAGACGACUAGACAAGGCCAUACAUCUUGCCAGCAAAAGCCAUGCUGUGAUCAAGUCAUGGAAACACGUUGGUUCCUUCCUUCAGUUGAGGGAGGAAGAUAUUGUAGAAAUAGAUGCCACGGAAUCCAACGAAUUUCAGAAAUGCGAGAGAAUGCUAAACAUGUGGAGAAGUCGAAAUCAAUCUCACCAAGGGCCCCAAAUGCUGAUUGUACUACUGAAGAAGGCUGGUUACUGCUAUGUGGCAGAUCAUAUCGCAGUUGCUACCAGAUGGAGACCAAAAACCAGUGUAUAGAUUUAUAGAUGUAUAGAUUUUGAAAAAAAGAAUGAUGGUAGAUACUUCAAAAUAGAGUCCGAAAAAAAAAUAAUAUAGAUUUAUAACACACGAUUCAUAACCUUAAGAAAUAUUCUUAAAUCUAUAAAGUCAUCAAGCGAUGACAAAGCAGAACAUUAAUCUUUUAAAAGUUUUCUUUACAUGAACAAAAUAAAGAAAGCUGUGUAUAUUUGGAA